GAUUUGUUUUAUGCAUGCACCCAAUACAUGGUACCUAUAUGAAAAUGUGUAUAAAGUUUCUACUGAGAAAAAAGUUUCAAUUAAAUCGAGUGGAUGAGAAUAAUUAUUUUCUGUGUUAUUUUAUUUCAUUUUUUUUUCAAUAUUUUGUACGAAGUGUAGGUACCUACAAAAAUUUUCAAAACUUGUUUUUUUGAGUAAGUAGGUAUUUACCUACUUCAUGUCACUACAUGUUAUGAAAUUUUGUCAAAAACAUCGCUACUAACAAAAUAGUACUCAAGUUGGGCACAGUUUGUUUCCAUGGAAACUUGGUGAAAAAGAUAUUCGAUAAUUUUAAGAAAGACAAUCCAAAAGUUCUUGAAAAGGUGGAAUUUAUAUCUGGAGAUGUUGGGCAAGAAGGAAUGGGUUUGUCAGAUAAAGAUCGCAAUAUGUUAAUAAGUAAAGUAUCAUUUAUAUUCCAUGGCGCUGCUAUUUUGAAAAUGAAUGCCGAUUUACGUACAGCUGUAAAUGUGAAUACUACUGGAACAAUACGAAUGUUAGAUUUGGCGCAACAGAUGAUAAAAUUGGAAGCGUUUGUUUAUAUAUCUACAGCGUAUUGUAAUUGCGAAAAGAAUACAGUUGAAGAAAAAAUAUACCCUUCAAAACAUGAUCCUUAUGAUGUGAUUAAUCUUACUCGUUGGAUGGAACCUAAAUUAUUGGAAAUAAUAACACCCAAAUUGAUUUAUCCAUCGCCGAAUACAUACAUUUACACGAAACGACUGGCAGAAACAUUAUUACCAAAUUACUCAACUAAAGUCCCUAUUAUCGUGGCUAGACCAAGUAUAGUUGUUCCAUCGUUCAAGGAACCUUUACCUGGAUGGAAUGAUAGUUUCAAUGGUCCGAUAGGAUUUUUGCUGCUGGAGGUAAAGGCAUAAUUCGUACCACUAUGAUGAAAAUUGACACCAAAACUGACGUGAUACCUGCUGAUAUGGUUAUUAAUAAUAUUAUACUGCUGCCUUGGGCGAAUUCGCGAGAACAAUUAUUAUUGAAUGGAAUCAGCGUGUACCAUAUAACACAGAAUUCACAUGAAGAUCUAAAAUGGUUGGAUUUAUUGCGUCACCUCGAGAGAAGUUUUCAAAAAUACCCGCUCAGUCCCAUUUUAUGGUAUCCGCAUUUCGCUUACAAGGGUGCUGAUGAUGUCAUCACAUAUACGAUCAAAUGCGUUUUCCUGCACUAUUUACCAGCCUACAUAAUCGAUUUCAUUUUGAUGCUGGGUGGACAAAAAACUUUUUUAGUUCGGGUUCACGAUAAAAUUAGAGAUGGUGAGAAAGUAUUGGCAUACUUCACUCAACAUCGAUGGACAUUUGCGCACGAUAAAAAGCUAGAAUUAGAGAAGCUACUAAACAACACCGACAAACAGCUUUUCCCGAUAAAUACGGAGGUAGUGGAUGAUGUUCAAAGCUACCUAGAUAAUGGACUAUUAGUAGCUAAACUUUACCUUUUCAAUGAGAAAUUAGAAAACAUCAAUUCCGCAAGAAGAACAUUGAAAUUAAUGUACGUUGUAGAUAAAAUUGCUCUUCUCCUGAGAUAUUAUGUGUUCUGGAAAAUCCUCGUGUUGCUGUUCAACACGAUUACUAACAUAUAUGGUUGAUUUGCAUGCAAUCGUGUCCCGCCUAUCAAUGCAGCCAGGUAUCUUUCAAUUAUUUUCAGUGGAAAAAACACGCAUUUUAAGAGAAGAACCUUUACAUUUACGUCAAUAAGGCACAUCUAUCAAUCAAAUAAGUCUAGGUACCUACCACCUUGUGUUGAGUAGGUAAUAAAGUGUAAAUGUUGCGAAAUUUCAAAUAAAAUUGUAUUACCUACGAAA